AGCACGCUGUGCGCGAGGCGGAUAUCCGGGCCGGCUGGGCCGGGGCCGGGGCCGAGAUGGCGGAAGGUGGAGGCUUCCGACAUCGGCCGGAUGCGGAGACCCAGAAAUCUGAGCUUGGGCCCUUGAUGAGGACCACGCUCCAGCGCGGGGCUCAGUGGUAUCUUAUUGACAGCCGAUGGUUCAAGCAGUGGAAGAAGUAUGUCGGCUUCGACAGCUGGGAUAUGUACAGUGUUGGUGAACACAGCCUGUUUCCUGGCCCGAUAGAUAACUCUGGACUCUUUGCAGAUCCAGAGAGCCAGACCUUGAAAGAACAUUUAAUUGAUGAAUUGGAUUAUGUGUUAGUCCCAGCUGAGGCCUGGAAUAAGUUAUUAAACUGGUAUGGCUGUGUUGAAGGUCAGCAGCCCAUUGUCAGAAAAGUUGUAGAGCACGGCUUAUUUGUCAAGCACUGCAAAGUGGAAGUGUAUUUGCUGGAACUGAAGCUCUGUGAGAACAGUGACCCUACCAAUGUGCUGAGUUGCCAUUUCAGCAAGGCGGAUACCAUUGCAACCAUUGAGAAGGAGAUGCGGAAGCUGUUCAACAUUCCGGCAGAACGGAAAACACGACUGUGGAACAAGUACAUGAGCAACACCUACGAGCAGCUGAGCAAACUAGACAACACUGUCCAGGACGCUGGGCUGUACCAGGGUCAGGUGCUGGUAAUUGAGCCCCAGAAUGAAGAUGGCACAUGGCCGAGGCAAACCCUGCAGUCAAAAUCAGGCACCGCACCUAGCAGAAAUUUCAUUACUUCUCCAAACUCCUCAGCAAGCCCCUAUUCCUCAGUGUCCGCCUCUCCCACUGCAAAUGCUGGUAGCACUAACACUUGUGGCAUGCACAGUUCCGGUGUCAGCCGGGGUGGAUCUGGCUUUUCGUAUCAUUGUCAAGAGUCUUCACCGUCUAACGUACAUCCUGGGCUCUGCGGACUUGGAAACCUGGGGAACACCUGCUUCAUGAACUCUGCUUUGCAGUGCUUGAGUAACACCGCACCCCUGACCGACUACUUCCUCAGAGAUGAGUACGAGGCUGAAAUCAACAGAGACAACCCGCUGGGAAUGAAAGGGGAAAUCGCCGAGGCCUAUGCGGAGCUCGUGAAGCAGAUGUGGUCCGGAAGGGACACUCACGUAGCGCCUCGAAUGUUCAAAACCCAAGUGGGACGUUUCGCCCCUCAGUUUUCUGGCUACCAGCAGCAAGACUCUCAGGAGCUGUUGGCCUUUCUCCUGGACGGCUUACACGAAGACCUCAACAGGGUGAAGAAGAAACCUUACCUGGAGCUGAAGGACGCCGACGGGAGACCAGACGCAGUGGUGGCAAAGGAAGCCUGGGAGAAUCACAGACUGAGGAAUGACUCUGUCAUCGUUGACACGUUCCACGGCCUCUUCAAGUCCACGCUGGUUUGCCCAGAAUGUGCUAAGGUUUCUGUGACCUUUGACCCAUUUUGCUACCUAACUCUCCCACUGCCCCUGAAGAAAGAUCGAAUGAUGGAGGUCUUCCUGGUGCCUGCUGAUCCGCGAUGCAGACCUACUCAGUACCGUGUGGUGGUGCCGCUGAUGGGUGCUGUGUCUGACCUGUGUGAGGCGCUCUCCAAGCUGUCCGGCGUUGCUGUGGAAAAUAUGGUGGUCACAGAUGUCUACAAUCAUCGGUUCCACAAAAUUUUCCAGAUGGAUGAAGGUUUAAACCACAUCAUGCCUCGAGAUGACAUCUUUGUGUAUGAAGUCUGCUCCUGCUCCCCCGGCGGCACAGAGUGCGUCGCGCUCCCGCUCUACUUCAGGGAGCGGAGGUCUCAGGGAUCCAGCAGCUCGUCAGGCACCGCGCUUUAUGGGCAGCCGCUGCUGGUUUCCGUGCCCAAGCAGCAGCUUACCCUCGAGUCUUUGUACCAGGCAGUUUGCGCACGUAUCAGCCGCUAUAUAAAACAGCCUUUGCCUGACGAGUCUGGCAGCCUGCCCUUGGAGCCGGGGUCCUGCAAUGGCUCCAGGGGCAGCUGUGAAGGAGAGGAGGAGGAAAUGGAACAGCAGGGAGAAGGCAAAGAGCAGCUUUCAGGAACAGAAGGCAGCGGGGACGAUGAGCUUGGAAGGGACCACGGGGAAGCCGUCGCUGCUCAGAAGACAAAAGGCCAGCGCUGCCCCAGGACGCUCUUCACCUUCAGUCUGGUUAACUCCUACGGGACAGCUGACAUGAAUUCACUGGUGACAGAUGGAAAACUACUUAAACUUAACUCUCGAUCCACACUGGCUAUCGACUGGGACAGUGAGACCAGGCGCCUCCACUAUGACGAGCGAGAGUCAGAGGCCUAUGAGAAGCACGUGAGCAUGUUGCAGCCGCAGAAGAAGAAGAAGACAGCGGUGGCCCUGAGGGACUGCAUCGAGCUCUUCACCACCAUGGAGACCCUCGGGGAGCACGACCCCUGGUACUGUCCCAACUGCAAGAAGCAUCAGCAGGCCACCAAGAAAUUUGACUUGUGGUCACUGCCAAAAGUCCUGGUCGUCCACCUGAAACGUUUCUCCUACAAUAGAUACUGGAGGGAUAAGCUUGACACGGUUGUGGAAUUCCCUGUCAGAGCUCUAAACAUGUCCGAGUUCGUCUGUGACGCGUCAGCUAGGCCUUACGUGUACGACCUCAUUGCUGUAUCCAAUCAUUACGGAGCCAUGGGGGUUGGCCACUACACUGCAUAUGCGAAGAACAGACUGAACGGGAAGUGGUAUUACUUUGAUGACAGCAACGUGUCGCUGGCCUCUGAGGACCAGAUCGUGACAAAAGCAGCGUACGUGCUGUUUUACCAGCGUCGAGAUGAUGACUUUUUUAAGACUCCUUCACCCGUCAGUUUCCCUGUGUCCUCUGAUGGAGCAAUGAAAACAAGCAGCUCACAGCAGAGCCUGGGGGACGAUGAGGCGUGUGGCAUGGACACCAACUGACGCCGCCUCAGCCACCCUGCCACGCUCAGCACCAGUGUAAUCUCCCAGGAAGAUAUCUCUGACUCUCAAGACUGCUAGUUCAGUCUAAAAACCAGAUAAGAAAUUUCAGUUUUAUCACGGGGGGGGGGGGGAGGAGAACACCCCCCAGAAACAAACCUAUUUACCCAGAAGGGCUAUGUCAAGAGGCUGAAUUAUUUUUCUUUUUAAAUCGGUGGUGGUGAGAAAUUACUGUAAAGCUCUGGAGCUUUGGGGGGUGGGGUGGGGUGGGACGGCACAUGAUGGAUUAACUCUGAUGGAUUCCAAAGAAUGGGGAGAUGGAGAGGAACACUCUGUAAUCAGGCGUGAUCGAAGCUGUGGUGACCUGCAGGCUGCCCUACGUCCUGGAUUUCUGAUUCUGGGGCCGGUUACUGGCCACCCAGUAGUUGGCCCACAUAAAGCAAACCUGAAGUAAAUCUG